AUUUGACGUGGGGCUUGCUGUGCUGGGGCAGCUACCUUGUACUGGUGGUAUUCACCCGUCUCCUCCUCUUCAACGCCACGAAGGCCUCCUCUCCUCUUCCUCUUCGAUUACCUCACCGCCGAUUCCGACCCAAUUUCCGUCUUCCCGGUCGUCCGACAGUUCAUCUGCGGGAGCUUCAAGUUCUGCAAUCAGUGAUUUCGUCAGGCCACUACUUCCUAUAUGAUCGGGGAUUGGAUUCCCCGAUCGAUUCGAACCCGAUUGGCGGUUCUUGUUGGAGGGUCAGCGGCUCAGCUUCCCUGAGCGAACUGGGCUCGAGUUCCGUGACUGCCUAGCUCAUGAAAGGUUUCGGCUUUCGUGAGAGGGACGAAGCUACUGACAACCGGAAGCCUCCCUCCUCCUCGUCUUCCUCGUCCUCGUCCUCCUCCGCCGCCGCCGCCUCUUCAUGGUCUACUCUGUUCUCGUCCGCCUUCUCAAUCUUUGAUCCCUACAGACACUCGCAGUCCUCGUGCAAGCACAGACACCAUGCCUGGGCAUCAGCAGUGAAGAGAAUUGUGAGCGGCGGGCCGAUGAGGCGGAUUCACGAGAGUUUCGUGCUCGGGUCUGCUCGAACCGGCCUGUCCAACUCGACGAGCGAUAUUUGGCUCCUUGGCGUCCGCUACAAUGUGUCCUCGGACGACGAGGCUGUCGGGUUGGCUGCGUUUGAGCAGGAUUUCUCAUCAAGGGUCAUCAUGACCUAUCGCAAAGGAUUUGAUGCUAUUGGAGAUUCAAGUUAUACAAGUGAUGUAAAUUGGGGCUGCAUGCUUCGAAGCAGUCAGAUGCUCGUAGCUCAGGCAUUGUUGUUCCACCGAUUGGGCAGAUCGUGGAGAAAACCAUCAGACAAGCUGCUUACUCAAGAAUAUAUUGACAUCUUGCACCACUUCGGUGAUACCGAGGCCUGCCCAUUCUCUAUUCACAGUCUUAUUCAAUCAGGAAAGGCCUAUGGCCUUGCAGCUGGGUCAUGGGUGGGCCCGUAUGCUAUGUGCCGCUCAUGGGAAAUUCUUGUCCGCUCCAAGAGGGAAGAGCUGAUAAAUCAUGGGGAACCCGCACUUCCUAUGGCAAUUUAUGUUGUUUCUGGUGAUGAAGAUGGAGAGCGUGGUGGAGCCCCAGUCCUGUGCAUUGAAGAUGCAAAAAGACACUGUUCCGAGUUUUCUCGAGGUCAAUCAGAAUGGGCUCCUAUUCUUUUGCUGGUUCCUCUUGUUCUCGGACUUGGAAAGGUCAAUCCCAGGUAUGUUCCAUCACUGCGGGCGAUCUUUUCCUUUCCUCAAAGCCUUGGUGUGUUGGGUGGGAAACCUGGUGCUUCAACUUAUAUGAUAGGCGUACAAGAUGAAGAAGUCUUCUACCUGGAUCCCCAUGAAGUUCAGCCGGCAGUGACCAUCAACCGAGAUAACUUGGAGGCUGACACUUCUUCAUACCACUGCAGUGUCAUUCGGCACAUUACCCUGGACUCUCUUGACCCAUCACUGGCUAUUGGUUUUUACUGUCGCGACAAAGAUGAUUUCGAUAAUUUCUGUUCACGUGCAUCGGAGCUCGCAAAGGAAUCGAAUGGGGCUCCACUAUUCACAGUCGCUGAAACGCCCAGUAGUAAUAGUAACAGUAAUUGCGCAUCAAGGGGAGUUAGUCAUGGCGACCCAGAUGAAGGGGAUUAUUGUAGAGAUGAGCCCACAGGUCCCACCGAGGGCGAGGAUGAUUGGCAAUUCCUCUGAUCAGAUUAGGAUCGAGUAAGUUAUCCUCUUUCUCCUUGUGGUUCCUAUUUAUGUCGGCCCAAAUGGUCAUGGUGUGGAUAUUGGUUUGCCUUCUCAUUAAUUACCACUGUACAAGAACAUAGUAGUUGAUUUGUGUAUUUCUUGGGUUCUGUUGAUUAUUUUUUGUGGCUUGUUCAUAACAGUAGAUUGCACAGAAAGACAUGCUUUUUCCUUUUCUCCCC